AUGGAUAGAGAGGAGAAGGCGUUGGAAGAGACGGUGGAUUCGUUGACACAUAAAGUGGCAGAACUGAAGACAUCGUUGCAGACAAUGAUAAUGCGUUUGGAGAGCGAAUGGGAGAGCAUUUCGUGGACGCAACUGAUCGACAAUUAUGUGGUCUUUUCCGCACAAAUUCAGAAUCUGAUGAAAAUCGUGAAGAAAGACAAAACACCCGCUCUUAGGAAUCGACUCCUAUUCCCACUCCUCUUGAGUCCAGACAUUGACGAAGAGCUGAUGAAAUUGACUGAAGGAAGGGUUCAGUCAUUCAAUCACGAUAUGGUUCCCGACUAUUUGCGGACUAAACCGGAGCCCGAGAUCGAGGCCAAGGAGAACGUGAUCGUCGGGAAGGCCUGUAAUCUUAGCGCCGAUCAAAGCCAGAAACAGAUGACUUCCGCCAAUAAGAUCGUCAAUAAUAUGACUGAUUUAGUGAAGAAUAUGCGCGACGAAUGGGAGACAGAGACCAAUCGCCAGAAUCAGACCCAAACAUCACUCAUGAACGACACGACACUGUCGACUCCCGUAAUGUAG